AUGGCUUUCGCGAUGCUCAGAAAAUGGAUCGGAAGUCGCUCCGCAAACGCCGAUGCCCGCCAAGCCUUUGUCACAACUCCGGUAGCAUUGCCCACGACUUCUUCCACCGCUCCUGCUCGACACUUCGUCAAUCUUUUGCCUGUCGCUUUACUUGACCACAUGAAUCUCGAAGUCAGAUGGCAUGCGCGAUCCUUCAUGUGUUGCUUAGCCGACCAGCAGCUCUGCGCAACACAAUUCAACUACCUAGAUAUCAGAGGUUUAUCUGCUUAUUCUUGCCCGAAGCCUGUCUUUCGUGGAUGCGCCUUCCCUGGGCUACCUCUUCCAUCCCAUACCUCCACUCGUUUCGUGCUCAACUUAUACGACCUCUGUAUUAAUACAAUUACUUCUUCGUCUUCAUCAAUCAAGCUUCCCACGUCAUUGCACACGGUUUCUUCGGUAGUCUUGAUACAGCCCAAGCCAAAGAGGUUCAUUCCGGUGCCCCCGGAGUACCGUCACCUCACUCAUGCUACAGAACGCGAGCUCAUCGUCAACGACAUCAAGGUCAAUACUGGCUGCGAAGUCAUUCCCAAAUGGGACGCUGGGUAUAUCACUCAGUUCGCCAUUGCUGGACAAGGUGCAGGCCUUGAGAAGGCCGUCCGAUACAUUAAUCAUUGGAUCUCCAAUGCGCACAUCAAGUCCAAAAACUCAUCAUCAUGGGCGAAGACGCCUGCUUUCGAUCAUAACAAAUGGUACUACAACAACAUUGAAGAGCGGGAGCGUCAGCGGAAGGACGAGUUCAGGGGUAAGGCGCCUGAGUUACCAAAAGGCGAGAUGCCACUGGCGAGCAUCAUCGUGCGCUGGCCAGAGGAUCUCCUCGAUGAAGGCGUCACUCCUCGAGAUAUCUUUAACAACAAGCUAGAAGCGCUCAAUGCCAUCCGGACUCAGAACGAGGUGGCAAGUCCACAAUGUAUCGAAUACUUACAAUACACACUAACGUUUACAGCCCGCGACAUAGCGCGCAUCGAAGCGGCCGAAGCGCAUCUCAUGACGAUGAUCGACAAAGUCAAAGCUGAUGCUAUGGGACUGCAGCAUGUACUCAACAUGAUUCUUGAUGACAAAGAGGGCUUGGAGGUUGUGCUAGAAGAGGCUGACGCAUGGUGGCCGAACCUUCAAGACCGAGUCAUACCUCGCCUCCUCUCCAGCGGGAUAAUGGAAACCUCCGGCAGCUUCCGCGGUGAGAUUAUGCAUUUCACGCAGCUCUCAAGGAUCCAGCGUUCAAUUCAACUGGCCCUUGAAGCUGUGCACCACACGAAAGGCGCAUACGACAUGGCUAUCCGGCUAGGGUGCCUCGCUCUGAACUCAAGACAUAUCAAGGAGGAUAAGAUCGGCCAGAAGUUCGGGAAGGAGGUCUUCUUGAAGUCAAUUAAUGGACCUGUUGCACUUGAGAUAAAGAAAUGGCUCACUGAUGACGCACUGGGCUCGCAAAUUCUGGGAGCACUCUGCAUGGCCGAUGAAUUCCUGGAGCCGACCAAGUCUUCUGCCUACUUCGGUUCCGUGCCAAAAUCACUGCCAGAAACUCGUCCAAUGUUCCGAGGAACGUGGGUCUUCACAGAUCCCAACAGCUUUGUUACUCUACCGCGUGAGCCGGUAGCAGUGCACCAUUCUGGGCGUCCUAAAGCACCCCUACAAGCCCCUGCUAGUACGACCACUCCACCAACAGCGCCACAGUUCGACCUCAUCGUCGUUCAGGUCGACUGGACUGACGACGAAGAGGGCCUGUACGAAAAGACUACAACCCGGUUCUACAAACUCGAGCCGGGUUUUAAAGCACCCAGGAAGAACAUGGACAUCAACUUGCUAGAGCUUGGAGAGAGCCGAGGAUGGCACUUUGCUCUUGAGUCCUUGGUUCCUGUGGCAGCGAAGAGCAUCUCGCCUGUCAUUACUGGCUUUGCUGAUCGAGUCAAGAUGAGACCUAAUCACGAUCACCGCUCCAACGAAAGCUUCGCUGAGUGGGAGCAGACACCGACCGUCAAGAAGCACCUCCGGAACGGCCGUUUGGAAACUAUCUACUCUUUCGGCAUCAAACAGACCUGUUACAAGGUUGAGGCUACUUCUAUGUGGUACCCAGGACAAAGGCUUCCCGUCUGGGGUCUCUGCGUCCGCCAUUCUGAAUGGGCCACCCAUCUUGCUGAACUUGAGCGUCUCCCUGUGGGUCGAAAGGCCGACUGGGGUCACACUGUGGCUACAUUCCUGCCAGAUGACGGACAGUCUUGCUACUCCAGCGCCGUCGAGGAUGAAGACUUUGGAACGAGGAACCUCGAUCUGAGCCCUAGCGUUGAAGCACCACCUCGCGAUGGUAUCCGCAUCCUCAUGGACAAGUUACUUCAGCUAUCAGCCAUCGUCAGCUCGGUCACAGACAGGGGAGGCGUCGCUAUCUAAAGGACAGGAAAGACUGAACACCCUGAAGGCUAC